ACGGCGACCCCUGCCCCCAGCCUGGGGCCGGAGCUAGGUUUCCUAGAGCCUGAGGCUUAUACAAUUUGAGGUCCUCGGUCCAAGUCCCUGCUCCGCUGGUCGGGUAUACUUGGACCCCCCCCCCCCAAAAAAAAGCAAAAUUUGAGGUCCUCUUUAAGAAAAAGACUCCAAAAUCACAAUACAGGUUUGCUGAGGCCUCUCCCCGGGCCUUGGAAGGUGCCACAACAAGAGAGAAGCUCGAGUGGGGCCUCCCCCUUUCCUUGCCUCCCCCUUUCCUUGCCUCAGGUGCCCUGCAAGGACUUAAUGCACCUCCCUGGGAGAGACUCAGACACCAGCAUGGUUACAGGGUGCGGUGGCCCCAAACAAAAUGGCUGGGGACCCGCCUGGAGGAGUCCCCGCUGCAGCUGGUCCCAACCCCUUGCGUGCCCAGGAAGCCAUCCGCAAGCCCAACCCAAGAGCAAGGGCAGUCAGGCAUUUGGGGACUGCACCACAGCUGGGCAGGGCCAUCCAGUCAUGGUUGAAUUUGUCAGUCAGGGCCCCUGGCCCGGUGAGUUGGCAGUGGCUGAGAACAACUGUUCCGAGGAGAGAAGGAAGAGGGACCUCUCUGCGGCUGUGCAAAUGUGUCUGACUUGCAGUUACACAGGACUAGGGCUGUGUGACCUCGGGAAGACUCGUUCACCUCAGAUUCCUCAUCUGUAAAAUGGGAAUAAUAAUAAUCGUACCAAGCUGCCAGAGCUGUUACGAGGCUGCAUGAGACCAUGCAUGAAGAGGGGCUGAGCCGUUGGCUUUUAGAAACAAAUUUUCCUUCUGUGAAAUCUUCAGGCCAAGAGGCAUUUUUCUUUCCAUUUUAGGGAUAAGUCCCUUGCUCAGGGGUGGUCUCUGUUGUAGAGCUGACAUUAAAACCCUUCAAUGUCUGGCACCAGUGCCUUGCUGCUACCAGGGAACAUUGCUCCCCUGGGACUUUCUCCCCAGAGAGUUAAGGGCCCCUGCUAUAGGUGUGCAUGCCCCAGACAGGGAACCAAGCGGAGCGUUCGAUUCAGGAGAUUGCUCACCUUUCUGACUUUUACGAUGUCUCUGCUCUCGGGGGCACCCGAGGCUGGAACCUUUCCAACUCUGACAUCCUACAACCUGGAUCAGGAGAUUCAAGAGACUUGUGAUGGAAACAGAGCAGGGGGCGCUGAGAAUAGGCCAUGACCAUGGGCGUGGGCAGCAGUGACACCCCAAAAGGCUCAGUCUUUUUCCAAACAAAGACGUACUGCUUUGCCUCAUGGUCUGUGCAGGAUUUCCACCCGGUUAGCAGACAGAUGAGAACAGAUGAGUUCUCAUCUCAGAGCUGCUCUUUUUUCUGGCCAGCUGACCUUCCUCCCCUCUGAGCCUCGGUUUUUCCACAUUUCAAAUGCGGGGAAAAGUACCCGCAGUUACAUGUGUAAGGCGCCUAGGGGAUGCCGCUGGUUGUUCAGACCGUUGCGGCUAUCUGCAGAUGGAAGUGGGGUGUUGCAUGAGAGCAGGGGGUGUGUAAACAGCAGUGGGGAGUCCUGGCAGGGCGAGAGUUUGGGGCUCCAAGGUCUCGUCCCACGGAGGGAGUGCCUUGCAGUAGGGCUGGGAACCCCAGCUCUCACACUCUCCCAGAUCAGGACAGGUCAGAGCUAGGCCAGGGGCCCUGUGGGUGCAGAGAAGAGGCAGGAGCAGAGGUUCUCACCCCACCUCAGGCAGGUGAAAAGGAAAGGAGGGAGGAAGUAGGUGCCUCUGGGAGGAGAUGGGAGCAGUGGCCGCUGUGUGAGACAGGCCCCACCAUCACCCUGAGGUCAUUCCAUGACCCUCUUUGUCUUUCUUUGCAGAUUUGCAAGGUUGUGAGUGAAGCAGCGUGAUCUCAGAGGCUCAGAGGGAUCCCAGACCCUGCCACACUCCCCUCAACCUGAGCUACAGGCUGGCAGCUGUCUGGGAGACAUCAUCUGGAGACCAAGGCUGGGGAGAAUGUGCUUCCAGGGAGAGCAGAGACCCCUGGUGAAAGGGAGUGAGCACACCGUCUCAGGAGGGCUUCAGCCAUGAAAUGCUCUGCUCUCUUCUCUUUUCCUUGCUGUCCCCGGGGCCGGAGGAGCACAGGCCUCCCCAGGCACGGGGCCUCAGCACUGCUGCACUCCCAUCUCCUUCCAAGGGUUGAGGCCGGGUGGCCAGAAAUGGGAGGCGCCGGACUUGCUACUGCCGAUGUGGAAACAGGGGCAGCUGUGGCCCGGGCGGCUCUGGGCUGGGCACCCCGACCCUGCCCAGAGGGGCCUAAGAAGGCCUGCCAUCUGAGGCCCCACACCUGGGCGGUGGGUGGCCUGAGGUGCCCGCCACACCAGGUCCCCAUCCUUCCCAUCCCCAGAAGCUCUCACCGAGUGGAAGGGGCCAGGUGGGGCCAUCAUGCAAGGCCAGCCUGGGGCCUGGGAGGUCAGAGGUCCGGGGCUCAGGCUCUAGGCCAGGAGUCCAGGCGUGUAGUUUUUGGUCUGAACUCUAUCCUUUGCUCACUGAGGGGCUUUGGCCAUCCCUGACCUACUCCAGGCUUUGGCUUCCUCUUUUGUGUAGUGAUUGUGGCAUCCAUGAUCUAAAAUCUCUCACCCGUUUCUGCUCCAAUUCUGACAUCACCCUCGGAUUUUAUAUUCCAAGAGCCUCUGCUUUGGGGGAUAGACAAGCACUGAGGCUGGGUCCCUCAGAGCAGGGCUUAGCACAGGCCCUGACAUCGAGGGCACUUGGAGAGACAAGGGAGGAGAGGGCCUGCCACGCAGGGGGCCACACUGGAACAAAGGUCAGAGGUAGGAAGGCCAGGACCAGGUCUGGGAGACCAGGUGUUGAUGGGACAGAGUGGAAGGUGACAAAGUUGAUCCAGGAUGAUUCAAAGUGGGAGGAAGAUUUUAGGAAUGUCUUUAUUCCUGCAAAACUUGCGAAGGAGACUGACCGCCCCCCGCCCCCCGCCCUCCUAUUCUUAGAAGAAAGAUGAGUGGUCUUUUGGAGGGAGAGUGGGGGCAGGGCCAGGGCUUCCUGUCCAAACAGGAGCUGGGUACCAUGUGGUGCGACAAUGGGAGGCCCAGGAGGGACCCACAUCAUUCCUCCUGUGUCAGGUACCACCACUGGGGCCAGGCCACAGGAGCUGGCAUCGCCUUCUUCCCGAAUGCAUCUUGUUUUUUUUUAAGCACGGCUAUUGCGAGAAGGGGAGGGGAGAUGACUUUGCUUCUUGUUGAGUUUGCUGACGGUGCCUGACCUCUGGAAGAAGAGUUUCUUUGCAGGAAGGCCAAGGCAUGAGCCCCCUGGGAACCGACCAGUCCACUGAGUUCAGAUACCCUCUUGGUCUAGGAGGUCUUGAGAUGCCCACCUUGCGAGUAGAACCCCUAAAUCUCAAGGCUUUGAUAAUGCAGAAAGCACAAGGACUGGUUCCAGCCACAAAGGCCUUGAGACCCCAAGAGCCCGAGGCCCGGACUGAGGGCCCUACUGGCCUGUCCCCUGCCUACUGGGCCAGCCCAAGUGCUGAGUUGGCGGCUCAGCAGCUGCUUCUGCCCACGGAGGCCCAGUUAUAAAUAAGCCCAAUGUGGCCAAGUCAUCAAGUUCUGUCCCAGCUGCAUUACCUCAGUGACCACAGGUCCGGGCUGCCCAGGGCUGGGCCCACCGAACCUGCCCACCUGGGUGGAAAGCCAGGCCAGCCUCGAGGCCUCCUAGGGUCCUCACAUCCAGAGUCUGAGCAUCUGCGGCUACUCAGACCUGGGCCGCCCUGGACACAGGCCACAGAAGGGGCAGGGCCCAUCCCGCCUGCACGGAGCCAGCAGCUAUUUACAAACCGAAACCAGGAGAAACGAAGUGGCUGCGGCGAAGUGGCUCCAGGCCCCCAGCCCCCACUCCCACUCCAUCCCCAGCAGCCCCAUCCCCCUCUCCCCAUGGCUUCCUCUUUCCUUCCCCAACACCGCUCCCCACCUCCCACUGCCCAGCCCGCUGGUCUGGACAACCUGCCAACCCCUCACGGUCACCCCCAAGCGCACAGGCCCUGGCCAGCGGGUCCCCUUCUCCUCUUCACCCCCGGGACCCCAACAGCCUGGACUGGCUGGAGCGGCCCCUCCCACACGGGCCCAGCCCACUUGGGCCUGCCCGAGGCCCAUUCCCACACUUCUCGGUUCCCCUUCGUGCUUGGAAAAGCUCCAGCGCCAAUGGCCGCCACCGCGAUGCCCAUCCCUCCUGAGGAAGGCUUCCUCGGGCACCCUGAACCUCCCCCCGAGCCCAGGGGUACUCUGGGCUCCUGGGGACUCCAGACAGCGUGUUUCUGGACCGGAGGACCCCGCCACUCCUCUCCUCCAGCCGAGUUUCCACUCACUCUCUGGGCUGGUGUGGGGCACAGAGCUGACUGGGACAGGCUGACACCAGGCCUGAGGCCACAGCACACCCUGCUUGGGACCUGGCAGGCCGGAAGGUCCUGCUCCGAGGACAGUCAACCGGUAACAGGAUCAACACUCCUUACUAGGAACAGAUGAACCUGUCAUGUUGGUGUGGAGGUUUACAGUUGACACCAUCAGUUCUUUCUGUCCCCAGAACAAGCCUAUGCCACCACCUCCGUCACUAAGUGGAAGCCAAAGCUCAGAGGCGAAGCCAUGCGUACAAGGCCACGCAGCUCCAAAGUGUCUGGAUUGAGAUUCGAGACCUGUCCCCUUCUCUCCCUGACUGCCUCUUGUGACCCCAUCUCCCUGGUCACGCUACGGAAGUCUCCUAGCACUGUGACAAGGGCAAGAGCAGGGCUGGCCUGGUGCUUGAGAGGGAAGCAGGCUUUGGACGGCACAGUUGUCAGGGCCUAGUGCCCCUGCCCGGCUCUGAGGGAAGAAUGCCUGCCCGGUUUCUUCUCUCCUGCCAAGUCCCAGCUGAGGCAAAAGCCCAAGCCCGAACCCUACUCAGCCAGAGCCAGCUGGCUGCUUGAGUUUCUCCCAACCUCUCUGAGCCUUCAGGGUCAUUUUCAUUUCAGAGCCACCAAGCCCCUUCUUGGUGCCAGCUCUGUGCUGGGUGCAAGCUGUCUCUGAAGCUAGGAUUUGGCCCCUGGCCAUAGUCCUGUGGAGAAGACAGUUGAGUUCUAGGAUUCUGAGAGCUCCCAGAAGGAAAUGGAGACCUUGGGACAGGGAAAGGGAGGGAUGGUGCUUCCUAGGGUGGGAAGGGGUAUCACUGGGGAUGGGACCCGAAGGACAGGGACAAGUUCCCCAGAAAAAGCAUGGGGACAGACUCUCAUGCUGAGUCACACCCCUAUGCUUUGGUGCCAGUGGUUCCCACGGCCUGAGUGCCCUUCCUUCCUCUGGGCCCGGAAAACUCCUACCCAUCCCUCAGGGCCCGUGGGCACAGCAUAGAAUGACCAGGCCUGGCCUGGUCUGGCGGCCCCUCACCUCCCUUCUCCCACCCAGGGCCUAAGCGGAGCCUGCGGCCAGGCGUCUUUGGUCACGACACCCUCGCCAGCCCCACCCGGGCGGGUGUCUGCUCCCGGUCUCCAGCCCCCGCCGUCCCCUGCUCCGAAAAGCACCAUUUCCCUUUUCUGGGUGACCACACGCCAUGCACAGGGAAUUUCCAAUGCAGCCUGCGGAGCCUCUGAUUCACUCAGGCCCCUCAUGCAGUUAACUCCUUCCAGGCACCCUGCCCUCUGCUCCGUAGCCCAGGCUGCCCCCACCCCCACCUGAGUGAAACCCCCGGGUGGCCUCACCUUGGCCUUGGGGCUCACAGCUUGGAAGUCAAAGUUGCCCCCCGCCACUCCUCCACCAGGGCCCUCCCAUCAUGGGCACUGACACCCCUUCCCCAGGACUCGGCACACACACUGGGCAGCUCCGGGCUGAGAGCACAGGCUUUGGGUCUGGUCCUGAGUCCGGCCCCCUCUACUCCAUGACCUGGAGGAUGCCUGUGCUGAGCCCCAUUCCUCCCUGUGAAAUGGAGACCGUCCCUGUCCUCUAGCCUUGCUCUAGAGGUCCAAUGUGCUUGGGCCACGAUGGUGGCUGUGUGAUUACUACCUUUCCUUCUUCUUUCACAGGGUCCCUGCUCCCGACCUGGGCCCCCUUUCGGUCUGGCUUUCUCUUCCUGGGAGCUGGUUGCCCACACAGGGAGGGUGAGAGAGAAGUGCUGUGGGACAGAGGAGGGAGGGGCGCAGCUAUCUUGGGGUUCGCCUCCAACAGCUCCCCUGCUCCCCGCAUUUCUGUUUUCCCAAAGAGGAGAAAGGGAGGGGAGCUCUGCUGGGAUGAUGAGCCUUCAGGGCCAGGGCUGAGCCUUCGUCCCUCUGGAGGGACACCGGGCAUGCACUUUGCACAGGAACAUCAUACCUCCUAUCUCACUGAAUUCUCACAACCCUGUGAGGUGCUGGCUAUGAUUGCCCCCAUUUUACAGAUGGGGACACUGAGGCUCUGAGAAGUGACUUGCCCUCAGCCACACAGAGGAUGAAGAACAGGGACAGGAUUCAUAUCAAGGUCUCCAGAGCCACCCUCCUAACCUCCACAGGGCUCAGUAAAGGUGUGUGGAGGCCAGUGAGGGAAAUGGGCACUAAAUGAACCCCUUCUGUAUGUCAGGUAAAGACUUACACAGAUUAUCUCUUUCUGUCCUUUGAACAAUUCUGGGAGGUGGGUCCUGUUGGUCCCUCUAUAGGACUGAGUUGUUUGAGCUUCCUUGAGGGGAAGGAACUUGAGGCCUUGAGGAACAGAGGCCACCCAGCCAGCGGUGGGGAAGGAUCCAGGGGUACCUAGAUAGAAGUCGGUGACAGGGGCUCCAUAGAGGACUGGGCCUAUGCCUGCAGGGGAAGCCAUCCUGUCCUCAGUGAGCGAGUAGGGCAGAGGUGGUGGGGGGGUGCUGCCCGUGGUGAGCAGAAGGAAGUCGCUGUGGGUGGCGGUGGGUUUGAGGUGCCGGAGUCUGAGUGAUGUGGCCAGGAGGUAAGCUCCCAGUCUGCAGGCCUGGUCAGCAGGAGACAGGGGUGAGGAGGGGUGGCCGAGAUUCAGGCUUUAGAAGAAGUCGGGCUACUCUGGAGAGCUGUGCCUCUUGGCUUCUGGGGCUGGGGCGCUGAGGAUGGUGGAGGCGGGAGGGCUGGUACAGAGUAAGAGGAGAGAUGGGGUUGGGGGGAGCUGGGGAGAGAUGGAGGUAAACAAGAGGGGUGUGUCUAGGGGGGCACCCCGGAGGAGGAGAGGCCUGUGAGAGCUGAGGCUUUGGGUGUGGAGGGAUGGGCCUGUGAGCAAGGCCUGGGAGAUUGAGAAAGAGGUUCUGGGAAUGUUGGGUAGUCUCUUUUGGCUAGAGGUGGGGCUGGGGCUGGUCCAUGUGGGUUGGGGAGGGGGGCAAGAUGGGCUGACCCUGGGAUCCUGGGUGUCAGGGGCUCUAGCAGAGGUCUCGGAGCUUUAGACUGCAGCCUGUGGACAAGCAAGAACUAAGGAAGAUUUUUAGGUCGGGAAAUACCCAUGGGAGAAACUUGAAGGGACAGUGGCCCCAGAGCCACAGUCGAUACCUCCCAUCUGCUCCCCAGCUGUGUGUCACCAGCUGUGUGUCCUUGCAUGUGCCCCCCAGCCACCCGAGCCUCAUUUCACUCAUCCAUGUCCAUAAGAUGGGCCUGGUAAUAAAUACCCGAGGGUGGAGUUAAUGCAGGUAGACAGUAGGCGCUCAGGUGAGAACAAAUGCUGGCUCUUUCCCCCUGGCCCCUGUCAUGGCCCCACGAGGGCUUUCUGAGCACCUGCUGUGGGUCGGGGCCGGGGUCUCAGGCAGAUGCCGGAUUAAGCCUCUCUCGGGCCACAGAUUGGCUGAGCCAGUGUGUGCGGGUCAUGGGCCACUUCUGAGCCUCAGUGUCCUCAUCUGUACCACGGGGAUGACAAUGGCACCAACUUCAGAUGUGAACAAGAAUGUACCCCGCCUGCAGUGUCACCUCUGUUUCACUCAGAGUCAAAGCGAAAUUUCACACACGAGCUCUGGCCCUAGGGCCCUACCUGCCCCAGCCCACAGCCUCUCUCCUCUGACCUCACACCAGCCCCCUGCUGUUCCUGGUUCACAUUUUGUGCAGGCUGGGGUCCCGCCUGGAGCUUGUCUGCUAGCUUGCUCCUCACUUGCUUCCAGAAUUGGUUCAGAUGUCCCCUUCCCCUCAAGGCCUGCCCUGCCCACUGCUCCUUACCCAGCGGGCCACUCUUCUCCUAUAGCACUUGUCCCCCUUCUAACCUGCAGGGAAGGGUUCUCCCUGCUCGUCCCUGUCUCCCCUGCUCGCUCAAGAACAAGCCUCACGAGGGUAGGAGUCUCGGCCUCUGUGGGGUGCCUGGCCCACAGAGGCCUUGGGUACGUAUUUGUUGGAGGUCCUCAUGCACUGAAGAGCCAGCCCAGUGCUCUGACCAGAGCUGGGGAGCUCUUAGGGGCCCCGGCAGCGCAGGCUGGGGCCCAAGGAGCCUCCCCCAGUGUCUCAACCAUGAGAGGAAGUUGCAAGACGGCCAUUUCUAUACACAGGCUCAGCUCCUUUGGGCUAACUUUCCCAGGUGUCGGGCUGAGGCCUGAGCUUUCCCACAUACUCUGUCACUCCCUGUAGGGACCAGUGGCUGGGAAAGUAGGGAGGGGUGCCUUUCCCUUAUUUUAGAGUUCUUUUGAGCUGAGGUGAAGGGCUCUGCGAGUUCAGAGGUCAUGUCCCCCUCUGUAGAGACUCAGCUUCUAGGACGCAGCACCCACGUUUCCUGUUGCCGGCUUACACUGAGAUUGCAAUAGCACCCAGCCUACCCCCCUCAGCAGCCCAGUCCUGUGAGGGCAAAGGGCUGCCCGGCCUCCCUGUCACUCCACAGGCUGCCCACUUGUCCAAUGGAGUGGGAGAAAGCACUGUCAUGCGCUGCUGGUAGGAGGAGGGUAAGUGGUACCACUUUGAUUGAGGGCAAUAUGACUAUGUCUCCACGUCAAGAUUUAAAAUGCAGUACAACUAAACGAAUAUAAUAGUCUGUGUCAAUUAUAACUCGGUGAAAAGUAUAUAUUUCUUUUGACAUCAAAAGAAGGGAGUCAAGAAUCUCUGUCCACCUAUGUUAUGAAAUCUAAAUAAAUCUUGUGGUCUUUUUCCCAAUGACUUAA